GGAGAAACGCCCGCACCCUGCCAGUCCUCAGCAGCCUUGCGUCUGCAGCACUGUGGACACCUAAACUUUGUGGCUGUGCUAUCUCUUUAAAAGGAAAAAAAGUAAAAAUAGAAAAAUAAAAAAGGCGCCGGGUAGGGGGAGCUCCAGACGCUGCAGCAGCGCCCAGGGCGGCUGCGGUGCUGGAGGCCGGUGCUGGAGGCCGCUGCGGGGCCCAGGCCAGGCGGCAGAGGCAGGCGGAUCCCAGAAAUGAAGGCAAGAGACACAUGUCACCAGAGCCAGGAGAAGGGCUCCAUCCAUGGAUAUCUGACCACCUACUGAGAUGAGGGGGAGAAACACCAAGUCCUGGGCCGCUACAACUCCUUCCCCUGCACCUGCACAGAGAAACACAGAAGCUCUGAGAUGAAAAUAAGUUAAUUUUGCUUUGGGGAGAAGCCAAAGACUCUGAGCCAGGCAGUACUGCUUUACUCUAAGAACUUCUGUGGGUUGCUGAAUCCCAAGGCAACCAUCAUCUGGGAGGAGCGCCCUGCUGCAAGGAACAGACAGGAGACCCAGCAAUGUUCUCUGACAUCAGGUGAUGGGCGGAUGCUGACGGGAAACAGGCCUUUGUCAGCCAGGAAGAGCUGAACUCCAUGUUUGAAGAGAACACAAGCAAAGCACUGGAACAGAAGGAAGAACCGUACUUCCAUGGUUUUCAAGGACAGGUAUUCUGGGAGAGGUGACAAUGCAGACUGAGGAGAAUAGGUGUGUCCGCGUGACCGUGCUCCCCGGCUGCGUGGGCUGCAGGACCGUGGCGCUGCCGGCGUCCGGGACCGCGCGCGAGCUGAAGGAGCGCAUCUCGGCGGAGACCGGGUGGCCGGCGGCGGAGCAGCGGCUGUGGCGCGGCGGCCGGGAGUUACCUGAUUGGAUCAAGAUUGGAGAUCUGACUGACAAACAUGGUCAUCUUUUUGUGAACCUUCAAUCAAAAGGCUUAAAAGGGGGAGGUCGAUUUGGACAGACAACUCCACCCCUUGUUGAUUUUCUCAAGGACAUAUUAAGAAGGUACCCAGAAGGAGGACAGAUUCUUAAGGAAUUAAUUCAGAAUGCAGAAGAUGCUGGGGCCACAGAAGUUAAAUUUUUAUAUGAUGAAACUCAGUAUGGAACAGAGAGUCUUUGGUCAAAAGACAUGGCACCAUAUCAAGGGCCUGCUCUCUACGUGUACAACAACGCAGUGUUCACCCCCGAGGACUGGCAUGGCAUUCAGGAGAUCGCCCGCAGCAGGAAGAAGGACGACCCUCUGAAGGUCGGAAGAUUCGGAAUUGGCUUCAAUUCCGUCUACCACAUCACAGAUGUUCCAUGUAUCUUCAGUGGUGACCAGAUUGGAAUGUUAGAUCCACAUCAAACACUUUUUGGCCCCCAAGAAUCAGGCCAGUGUUGGAAUCUCAGAGAUGACAGCAAAGAAAUUAGUGAGCUUUCUGACCAGUUUGCCCCAUUCAUUGGCGUUUUUGGAAGCACCAAGGAGACGUUUGUGAACGGCAGUUUCCCAGGAACGUUCUUCCGGUUCCCACUUCGCCUGCAGCCUUCCCAGCUCAGCAGCAACCUCUACAAUAAGCAGAAGGUUCUUGAGUUGUUUGAGUCGUUCAGGGCAGAUGCAGACACAGUGCUGCUCUUUCUGAAGAGCGUGCAGGACGUGUCUCUACACGUCAGAGAGGCCAGCGGGACAGAGAGACUGGUGUUCAGAGUGACGGCCAGUGAGAAUACAGCCCUGAAACAGGAGAGGCCUGAUUCCGUGAAGAUUCUGGGAACCGCCAUCAGUAACUACUGUAAAAAGGUCCCAAGCAGUAGCGUCACCUGUGUGACCUAUCAUGUAAACAUAGCUUUGGAAGACGAGGGCACCAAGGAUGCACAGAAGACCGCCUGGUUGGUGUGUAACAGCGUGGGUGGGCGCGGCAUGAGCGGUAAACUGGAUGCUUUAGCUGACGAAUUGAAGUUUGUCCCAAUCAUUGGAAUUGCUACGUCGUUAUCAGGCAGAGAGGAUGAAGAAAAGGGAGCGGUGUCUGAUUUCCCAGGAAAAGCAUUUUGCUUUCUUCCCUUACCCCCGGGCGAGGAGAGCAGAACGGGGCUUCCAGUGCACAUCAGUGGGUUCUUCGGCCUGACCGACAACCGCAGGAGCAUCAAGUGGAGGGAGCUGGACCAGUGGCGAGACCCCGCGGCCCUGUGGAACGAGGUUCUGGUUCUGACUGUGGUCCCCAAAGCUUACGCCACUCUGAUCUUAGAUUGCAUCAGGCGCCUGGAGACAGACAAGAGCUCAGACUUCCCGCUCUCGGUGGACCUCAUCUACCGGCUCUGGCCCGAGGCCAGCAAAGUCAAGGUGCACUGGCGGCCGGUGCUGGCACCGCUGUUUGGGGAACUCUUCCAGCACGCCGUGAUCCACUCAGCCAGCCAAGACUGGGUGCGGCUGGAGCAGGUGUACUUCUCCGAGCUCGACGAAAACCUGGAUUACACGCAGUCCGUGCUCCACUACCUCCAGAGCUCAGGGAAGCAGAUCGCCAAGGUGCCCAUGCACCUGGCCGCCGCUGUGCAGCUCGGCUCCGCCGCCGGGCCCGUGAGGAAGGUGACGCCCGCGUGGGUGCGGCAGGUGCUGCGCAAGUGCGCCCACACGGGCAGCGCAGAGGAGAAGCUGCACCUGCUGGAGUUCGUGCUCUCUGACCGUGCCUACAGCGAGCUGCUCGGGCUGGAGCUGCUGCCCCUGCAGAACGGCAGCUUCAUCCCCUUCUCCUCGUCCGUGUCGGACCAGGACGUGGUUUACAUUACCUCAGAAGAGUACCCAAGGUCCCUUUUUCCAGGUCUUGAAGGAAGAUUUAUUUUGGAUAACUUGAAGCCUCACCUUCUAGCUGCUUUAAAGGAAGCUGCCCAAACACGAGCACAACAGCUUCUCUGGGGAUAUUCAGGAAGACCGUGCACUCAGCUGCAGCUUCUCAAUCCAGAACGCUUUGCACGUCUUAUUAAGGAAGUACUGAAUGCAUUCUGGCCUGGCAGAGAAUUGAUUGUUCAGUGGUAUCCAUUCAGUGAAGACAGAAAUUACCCAUCUGUUUCAUGGCUUAAGAUGGUUUGGAAAAACCUCUACAUACAUUUUUCCGAGGACUUGACUCUAUUUGAUGAGAUGCCACUUAUCCCUAAAACUACACUGGAUGAAUGUCAGACGUGUGUGGAACUCAUUAGACUCAGGAUUCCGUCAUUAGUCAUUUUAGAUGAUGAAACUGAAACACAGCUUCCAGAGUUUUUAGCAGAUAUUGUGCAAAAACUUGGAGGGAUUGUCUUGAAAAAAUUAGAUGCCUGCAUUCAGCACCCACUCAUUAAGAAAUACAUCCAUCCACCAUUGCCAAGUGCUGUCCUGCAGAUAAUGGAGAAGAUACCGCUGCAGAAAUUAUGUAAUCAGAUAGCUUCCCUGCUUCCAACACACAAAGAUGCUCUGAGGAAAUUCUUGGCCAGUCUACCUGAUGUCAGUGAAAAAGAGAAAAGAAUAAUUCAAGAAUUGACAGUAUUCAAACGAAUCAACCACUCGUCUGAUCAGGGAGUUUCAUCUUACACAAAAUUGAAGGGUUGUAAGGUCUUGCACCAUACGGCCAAGCUUCCAGCAAAUCUGCGACUUUCUAUUUCAGUAAUAGAUAGCAGUGAUGAAGCUACAAUUCGCUUGGCAAAUAUGUUGAAAAUUGAGAAACUAAAGACCACCAACUGCUUGAAGCUCGUUCUAAAAGAUCUUGAAAAUGCAUUUUAUUCACAUGAUGAGGUAACACAGCUAAUGUUAUGGAUCCUUGAAAAUCUUUCCUCUCUUAAAAAUGAGAAUCCAAGUGUGCUUGAUUGGUUAAUGCCAUUAAAAUUCAUUCAGAUUUCACAGGAACGGAUAGUAUCAGCCAGUGAACUCUUUGAUCCUGAUGUAGAAGUACUAAAAGAUCUCUUUUAUAGUGAAGAAGAAAGCUGUUUCCCACCCUCAGUUUUUACCUCACCAGAUAUUCUUCACUCUUUGAGACAAAUUGGUUUAAAAAAUGAAACCAGUCUUAAAGAGAAAGACGUUGUGCAAGUGGCAAAAAAAAUUGAAACCUUACAGGCCACUUCUGGUCCAGAUGAAGAUGUUCUGAAGAAAGCCAAAACACUCCUACUGGUUUUAAAUAAGAAUCAUGCACUCCUGCAAUCCUCUGAAGGAAAGACAACCCUGAAGAAAAUAAAGUGGGUUCCAGCGUGCAAGGAGAGGCCUCCAAACUACCCAGGUUCUUUGGUCUGGAAAGGAGAUCUCUGUAAUCUCUGUGCACCACCAGACAUGUGUGAUGUGGUCCAUGCGGUUCUAGUGGGCUCCUCACUUCCUCUUGUUGAAACUGUCCAUGUAAACCUGGAAAAAGCGUUAGGUAUUUUCACAAAACCUAGCAUCAGUGCUGUUUUAAAACACUUUAAAAUUGUUGUUGAUUGGUAUACUUCAAAAACAUUUAGUGAUGAAGAUUACUAUCAGUUUCAACAUAUUUUGCUUGAAAUUUAUGGAUUCAUGCAUGAUCAUUUGAAUGAAGGGAAAGAUUCUUUUAGGGCUUUAAAAUAUCCAUGGGUUUGGACUGGCAAAAAGUUUUGUCCUCUUGCCCAAGCUGUGAUAAAACCAAUGCAUGAUCUGGAUCUUCAGCCUUAUUUGCAUAAUGUGCCUAAAACCAUGGCGAAAUUUCACCAACUGUUUAAAGUCUGUGGCUCAAUAGAGGAGUUGACAUCAGAUCAUAUUUCCAUGGUCAUUCAAAAGAUAUAUCUCAAAAGUGAUGAAGACCUCAGUGAACAAGAAAGCAAGCAAAAUCUGCAUCUUAUGUUGAAUAUUAUCAGGUGGUUAUAUAGUAAUCAAAUCCCAGCGAGCCCCAAUACACCAGUUCCUAUAUAUCACAGCAAAAAUCCUUCUAAACUUAUAAUGAAACCGAUUCAUGAAUGCUGUUACUGUGAUAUCAAAGUUGAUGACCUCAACGACUUACUUGAAGACUCUGUGGAACCAAUCAUUCUGGUGCACGAGGACAUACCCAUGAAAACUGCAGAAUGGCUGAAAGUCCCAUGCCUUAGUACCAGACUGAUUAAUCCUGAAAACAUGGGGUUUGAGCAGUCAGGGCAAAGAGAGCCACUUACUGUAAGAAUUAAAAAUAUUCUGGAGGAAUACCCCUCAGUGUCCGAUAUUUUUAAAGAACUGCUUCAGAACGCCGAUGAUGCAGAUGCAACGGAGUGCAGUUUCAUGAUCGAUAUGAGAAGAAAUAUGGACAUAAGAGAGAAUCUCCUAGACCCAGGGAUGGCAGCGUGCCACGGACCUGCUUUGUGGUCCUUCAAUAAUUCGGAAUUCUCAGAUUCAGAUUUUGUCAACAUAACUAGGUUAGGAGAGUCUUUAAAAAGGGCAGAAGUUGACAAAGUUGGAAAAUUUGGUCUUGGGUUUAAUUCUGUGUACCAUAUCACUGAUAUUCCCAUCAUUAUGAGCCGAGAAUUCAUGAUAAUGUUUGAUCCAAACAUAAACCAUAUCAGCAAACAUAUUAAAGACAAAUCUAAUCCUGGGAUCAAAAUCAAUUGGAGUAAACAACAGAAAAGACUGAGGAAAUUCCCUAAUCAGUUCAAACCAUUUAUAAAUGUGUUUGGCUGUCAGUUGCCUUUGACUGUAGAAGCUCCUUACAGCUAUAAUGGAACUCUUUUCCGACUGUCCUUUAGGACUCAGCAGGAAGCGAAGGUCAGCGAAGUUAGCAGCACCUGCUAUAAUACAGCAGAUAUUUACUCCCUUGUGGAUGAAUUCAGUCUCUGUGGACACAGACUUAUCCUUUUCACUCAGAGUGUGAAUUCAAUGUAUUUGAAGUACUUAAAGAUUGAGGAAACUGAUCCUAGCUUAGCACAAGAUACAAUCAUAAUUAAAAAAAAAUCCUGUUCUUCCAAAGCACUGAACGCACCUGUCCUGAGUGUAUUAAAAGAAGCCGCUAAGUUCAUGAAGGCUUGCAGUGGCAGCAACAAAAAGCUUCCCACAGAUGCACCAAGGGCAUCUUGCAUUCUUCAGAUCACGGUCGAAGAGUUUCACCAUGUGUUCAGAAGGAUUGCUGACUUACAGUCACCCCUGUUCAGAGGUCCAGAUGAUGACCCCGCUACUCUCUUUGAAAUGGCUAAGUCUGGCCAAUUAAAAAAGCCAUCAGAUGAGUUGCCACAGAAAACGCUGGAUUCUACCACGUGGCUUAUAUGCUCCUGCAUGGAUAUAGGAGAAGCUCUCAAGUUUUCCCUGAGCGAGAGUGGACGAAGACUGGGGCUGGUUCCUUGUGGAGCCGUGGGAGUUCUGCUAUCUGAAACCCAGGACCAGAAGUGGACAGUGAAACCACACAUUGGAGAAGUAUUUUGCUACUUACCUCUACGAAUAAAAACAGGCUUGCCUGUUCACAUCAAUGGGUGUUUUGCCGUUACCUCAAACAGGAAGGAAAUCUGGAAGACAGACACGAAAGGGCGCUGGAAUACCACGUUUAUGAGACAUGUGAUUGUGAAGGCCUACUUGCAGGCCCUCAGUGUCUUACGUGACCUGGCCUCCAGCGGGGAGCUGACUGGUUAUACUUACUAUGCAGCAUGGCCCGAUCCUGACGUAGUUCACGAUGACUUUUCUGUGAUUUGUCAGGGAUUUUAUGAAGAUAUAGCUCACGGAAAAGGUAAAGACUUGACUAGAGUCUUCUCUGAUGGAUCCACUUGGGUUUCCAUGAAGAAUGUAAGGUUUCUAGAUGACUCAAUACUUAAGAGAAAAGAUGUGGGUCCAGCAGCUUUCAAGAUAUUUCUGAAAUACCUCAAAAAGACUGGGUCCAAAAACUUAUGUGCUGUAGAACUUCCUUCUUCAGUAAAAUUAGGGUUUGAAGAAGCUGGCUGCAAACAGAUACUGCUUGAAAAUACAUUUUCAGAGAAACAGUUUUUUUCAGAAGUGUUUUUUCCGAAUAUACAAGAAAUUGAAGCAAGUCUUAGAGACCCUUUAAUGAAUUUUGUGCUAAAUGAGAAAAUAGAUGAAUUCUCAGGAAUCCUUCGGGUUACUCCAUGUAUUCCUUGCUCUUUGGAGCAGCAUCCUUUGGUUUUACCAUCAAGAUUGAUCCACCCUGAAGGACGAGUUGCGAAGUUAUUUGAUACUAAAGAUGGACGGUUCCCUUAUGGCUCUACUCAGGAUUACCUCAAUCCCAUUAUUUUGAUUAAACUAGUUCAGUUAGGUAUGGCAAAAGAUGAUAUUUUAUGGGAUGACAUGCUGGAACGUGCAGAGUCAGUAGCUGAAAUUAACAAAAGUGAUCAUCUUGCUGCUUGUCUAAGAAGUAGUAUCCUAUUAAGUCUUAUUGAUGAGAAACUAAAAAUAAGGGAUCCUAGAGCAAAGGACUUUGCUGCAAAAUAUCAAACAAUCCCCUUCCUUCCAUUUUUAACAAAGCCAGCUGGCUUUUCUUUAGAGUGGAAAGGUAACAGCUUUAAGCCUGAAACCAUGUUUGCAGCAGCGGAUCUGUAUACAGCUGAACAUCAGGACAUAGUGUGUCUGUUGCACCCAAUUCUGAAUGAAAAUUCCCAUUCCUUCCGAGGUUGUGGUUCAGUUUCACUAGCUGUUAAAGAGUUUUUGGGAUUACUGAAGAAGCCAACACUUGAUCUGGUUGUAAGCCAGUUGAAAGAAGUUGCAAAAUCAGUUGAAGAUGGAAUUACACUGUACCAGGAAAACAUCACCAAUGCUUGCUACAAAUACCUUCAUGAAGCAAUGAUGCAAAAUGAACCAGCUAAGAUAUCAAUUACAGAAAAGUUGAAACCUUUUAGCUUCAUUCUAGUUGAAAAUACGUAUGUUGACUCAGAAAAAGUUUCUUUUCAUUUGAAUUUUGAAGCAGCCCCAUACCUUUAUCAGUUACCUAAUAAAUAUAAAAAUAAUUUCCGUGAACUCUUUGAAAGUGUGGGUGUGAGGCAGUCAUUUACAGUUGAAGAUUUUGCCCUAGUUUUGGAAUCUAUUAAUCAAGAAAGAGGAAUGAAACAAAUAACAGAAGAGAAUUUCCAGCUUUGCCGACGAAUAAUCAGUGAAGGGAUAUGGAAUCUCAUUAGAGAAAAGAAACAAGAAUUUUGUGAGAAAAAUUAUGGCAAAAUAUUAUUGCCAGAUACUAAUCUUAUGCUUCUCCCUGCUAAAUCUUUGUGCUACAAUGAUUGUCCCUGGAUAAAAGUGAAGGAUACCGCUGUGAAAUACUGUCAUGCUGACAUACCCAGGGAAGUAGCUGUGAAGUUGGGAGCAAUCCCCAAGCGACAUAAAGCCUUGGAAAGAUAUGCGUCCAACAUCUGCUUUACGACACUUGGCACAGAAUUUGGGCAGAAGGAAAAACUGACUAGCAGAAUUAAGAGCAUCCUGAAUGCCUAUCCUUCAGAAAAGGAGAUGUUGAAAGAACUUCUUCAAAACGCUGAUGAUGCGAAGGCCACGGAAAUCUGCUUUGUGUUUGACCCUAGACAGCAUCCUGUUGACAGAAUAUUUGAUGACAAGUGGGCCCCUUUGCAAGGGCCAGCACUCUGUGUGUAUAACAACCAGCCUUUCACCGAGGAUGAUGUCAGGGGGAUUCAGAAUCUUGGCAAAGGUACCAAAGAAGGCAAUCCUUGUAAAACGGGGCAGUAUGGAAUAGGAUUCAACUCGGUGUACCACAUCACAGACUGCCCCUCUUUCAUUUCUGGCAAUGACAUCCUGUGCAUCUUUGACCCUCACGCCAGGUAUGCACCGGGAGCCACGUCCGUCAGCCCUGGGCGCAUGUUUCGCGAUUUGGAUGCAGACUUCAGAACACAGUUCUCAGACGUUCUUGAUCUUUACCUGGGAACCCACUUUAAGCUGGAUAAUUGCACAAUGUUUAGGUUUCCUCUUCGUAAUGCAGAAAUGGCAAAAGUUUCAGAAAUUUCUUCAGUUCCAUCAUCAGACAGAAUGGUCCAGAAUCUUUUAGACAAACUGCACUCAGAUGGGGCAGAACUUCUAAUGUUUCUUAAUCACAUGGAAAAAAUUUCUAUUUGUGAAAUCGAUAAAGGCACAGGAGCCCUGAAUGUAUUGUACUCCGUGAAGGGCAAAAUCACUGAUGGAGACAGGUUGAAGAGGAAACAGUUCCAUGCAUCUGUAAUUGACAGUGUUACUAAGAAGAGGCAGCUCAAAGACAUACCUGUUCAGCAGGUAACCUACACCAUGGACACCGAGGACUCGGAGGGAAACCUCACCACCUGGCUGAUUUGUAAUAGGUCAGGCUUUUCAAGUAUGGACAAAGUGUCUAAGAGUGUGAUUUCAGCGCACAAGAACCAAGACAUUACUCUCUUCCCCCGUGGAGGAGUAGCUGCCUGCAUCACCCACAAUUAUAAAAAGCCCCACAGAGCCUUCUGCUUUCUGCCCCUGUCCCUGGAGACGGGGCUGCCAUUCCACGUGAACGGCCACUUCGCGCUCGAUUCCGCCCGAAGAAACCUAUGGCGUGAUGACAACGGGGUUGGCGUGCGAAGUGACUGGAAUAACAGUUUAAUGACAGCACUGAUAGCUCCUGCCUAUGUCGAACUACUGGUCCAGUUAAAAAAACGGUAUUUCCCUGGUUCUGACCCAACAUUAUCAGUUUUACAGAACACGCCUAUUCAUGUAGUAAAGGACACCUUAAAGAAGUUUUUGUCUUUUUUCCCAGUUAACAGACUUGAUUUACAGCCAGAUUUAUAUUGCUUAGUGAAAGCACUUUACAGUUGUAUUCAUGAGGAAAUGAAACGUCUUUUACCUGUUGUUCGGGCUCCAAAUAUUGAUGGCUCUGACUUGCACUCUGCGGUCAUAAUAACUUGGAUCAAUAUGUCUACUUCAAGUAAAACUAGGCCUUUUUUUGACAAUUUACUACAGGAUGAAUUACAGCAUCUUAAAAACGCAGAUUAUAAUAUCACAACCCGUAAAACAGUAGCAGAGAACGUGUAUCGGCUGAAGCACCUCCUUCUAGAGAUUGGCUUUAACUUGGUCUAUAACUGUGAUGAGACUGCCAAUCUGUACCACUGCCUCAUAGACGCAGACAUCCCUGUUAGCUACGUGACGCCUGCGGACGUCAGGGCCUUUCUGAUGACAUUCUCGUCUCCUGACACUAGCUGCAUCAUUGGGAAGCUGCCGUGUCGCCUUCAGCAGACUAACCUAAAGCUUUUUCAUAGUUUAAAACUGCUAGUUGAUUACUGCUUUAAAGAUGCAGAAGAAAAUGAGAUUGAAGUUGAGGGGCUACCCCUUCUCAUUACAUUGGAUAGUGUUUUGCAAACUUUUGAUGCCAAACGGUCUAAAUUUCUGACAACAUACCAUGAAUUGAUUCCAUCUCGCAAAGACUUGUUUAUGAAUACAUUAUAUUUGAAAUACAGUAACAUUUUGUUGAACUGUAAAGUUGCCAAAGUGUUUGACAUUUCCAGCUUUGCUGACUUGUUAGCCUCUGUGUUGCCUCGUGAAUAUAAGACCAAAAAUUGUACCAAGUGGAAGGAUAAUUUUGCAAGUGAAUCUUGGCUUAAGAAUGCGUGGCAUUUUAUCAGUGAAUCUGUAGGUGUGAAAGAAGAUCAGGAGGAAACAAAACCCAUGUUUGAGGUGGUAGUUGAGACUCUAAAAGACUGGGCCUUGCUUCCAGGAACAAAGUUUACUGUGUCAGCCAAUCAGCUUGUGGUUCCUGAAGGCGACGUCUUGCUUCCUCUAAGUCUUAUGCACAUUGCAGUUUUUCCAAAUGCCCAGAGUGAUAAAGUUUUUCACGCUCUGAUGAAAGCUGGCUGUAUUCAGCUUGCUUUGAACAAAAUCUGCUCCAAAGACAGCACAUUUGUUCCCCUGUUGUCAUGUCACACAGCCAACAUAGAGAGCCCCACAAGCAUUUUAAAGGCUGUGCAUUACAUGGUCCAGACUUCAAUGUUUAGGACUGAAAAACUGGUAGAGAGUGACUUUGAAGCACUUUUGAUGUAUUUCAACUGCAAUUUGGAUCACUUGAUGUCUCAAGAUGACAUAAAAAUUUUGAAGUCGCUUCCAUGCUACAAAUCCAUCAGUGGCCGCUACAUGAGCAUUGCCAAAUUUGGAACCUGCUAUGUGCUAACAAAAAGUAUACCCUCAGCUGACGUCGAAAAAUGGACUCAGUCGUCAUCUGCUGCAUUUCUUGGAGAAAAAAUACAUUUGAAAGAAUUGUAUGAGGUGCUCGGUUGUGUACCUGUGGAUGACCUGGAGGUGUAUUUGAAACACCUCUUACCGAAAAUUGAAAAUCUCUCUUACGAUGCAAAAUUAGAGCACUUGAUCUAUCUUAAGAAUAGAUUAUCAAGUAUUGAGGAAGUAUCAGAGAUUAAGGAGCAACUUUUUGAAAAACUAGAAAGUUUAUUGAUUAUCCAUGAUGCCAACGGCCGACUAAAGCAGGCAAAACAUUUCUAUGACAGAACUGUGCGAGUCUUUGAAGUCAUGCUCCCUGAAAAAUUGUUCAUUCCUAAGGACUUCUUUAAAAAAUUGGAACAGCUAAUAAAACCUAAAAACCAGGCUGCAUUUAUGACAUCCUGGGUGGAAUUCUUAAGAAACAUUGGACUAAAAUACAUACUUUCUCAGCAGCAGUUGUUACAGUUUGCUAAGGAAAUCAGUAUGAGAGCUAAUACAGAAAACUGGUCUAAAGAAACAUUACAAAAUACCGUCGACAUCCUUCUCCAGCAUAUAUUCCAAGAACGAACAGACUUAUUAUCUGGAAAUUUUCUGAAAGAACUGUCUUUAAUACCAUUCUUGUGUCCUGAGAGGGCCCCUGCCGAAUACAUUCGAUUUCAUCCUCAAUAUCAAGAAGUAAAUGGAACACUUCCUCUUAUAAAGUUCAACGGAGCACAAGUAAACCCAAAAUUCAAGCAGUGUGAUGUUCUCCAGCUACUAUGGACAUCUUGCCCUAUUCUUCCAGAGAAAGCCACACCUCUGAGUAUCAAAGAGCAGGAAGGUAGUGAGCUUGGCCCACAAGAACAGCUCGAGCAAGUUUUAAAUAUGCUUAAUGUUAACCUCGAUCCCCCUCUCGAUAAAGUCAUCAAUAACUGCAGAAAUGUAUGCAACAUCACAACAUUGGAUGAAGAAAUGGUGAAAACUAGAGCAAAGGUCUUACGAAGCAUAUAUGAGUUUCUCAGCGCAGACAAAAGAGAGUUUCGUUUUCAGCUACGGGGGAUUGCUUUCGUGAUGGUAGAAGAUGGCUGGAAACUUCUGAAACCUGAGGAGGUAGUGAUAAACCUGGAAAAUGAAUCUGAUUUUAAACCUUAUUUGUACAAGCUGCCUUUAGAGCUUGGCACAUUUCACCAGUUGUUCAAACACUUAGGUACUGAGGAUGUUAUUUCAACAAAGCAGUAUGUUGAAGUGUUGAGCCGCAUAUUCAAAAACUCUGAAGGAAAACAAUUAGAUCCUAAUGAAAUGCGGACAGUGAAGAGAGUAGUUUCUGGUCUGUUCAGGAGUCUGCAGAAUGACUCUGUCAAGGUAAGGAGUGAUCUUGAGAAUGUUCGAGACCUUGCCCUGUACCUUCCUAGCCAGGAUGGCAGGUUGGUGAAGUCGAGUAUCUUGGUCUUUGAUGAUGCGCCCCAUUAUAAAAGCAGGAUUCAAGGAAAUAUUGGGGUGCAGAUGUUAGUUGAUCUUAGCCAGUGCUACUUGGGGAAGGACCACGGAUUUCAUACUAAAUUGAUAAUGCUCUUUCCUCAAAAGCUGAGACCUCGUCUCCUGAGCAGUAUACUUGAAGAACAGUUAGAUGAAGAAACGCCCAAAGUUUGCCAGUUCGGGGCAUUGUGUUCUCUUCAGGGGAGAUUACAGUUACUCUUAUCUUCUGAACAGUUCAUCACUGGGCUGAUUAGGAUUAUGAAACAUGAAAAUGAUAAUGCUUUCCUAGCCAAUGAAGAGAAAGCCAUAAGACUUUGUAAGGCUCUAAGAGAGGGAUUAAAAGUGUCCUGUUUUGAAAAGCUUCAAACGACAUUAAGAGUUAAAGGUUUUAAUCCCAUUCCCCACAGCAGAAGUGAAACUUUUGCUUUUCUGAAGAGAUUCGGUAAUGCAGUCAUCUUGCUGUACAUUCAACAUUCAGACAGUAAAGACAUUAAUUUCCUUUUAGCAUUAGCAAUGACGCUUAAAUCGGCAACUGACAAUUUGAUAUCAGACACUUCCUAUUUAAUUGCCAUGCUGGGGUGCAAUGAUAUUUACAGGAUCAGUGAGAAGCUUGACAGCUUAGGAGUGAAGUACGACUCUUCAGAGCCAUCAAAGCUGGAGCUCCCAAUGCCGGGCACACCGAUACCUGCAGAGAUUCACUACACUCUGCUGAUGGACCCCAUGAAUGUCUUCUAUCCGGGAGAGUACGUGGGGUACCUCGUGGAUGCCGAAGGUGGUGACAUCUAUGGAUCAUAUCAGCCAACGUACACAUAUGCAAUCAUUGUACAGGAGGUCGAGAGGGAAGACGCUGACAAUUCUAGUUUUCUUGGAAAGAUAUAUCAGAUCGAUAUUGGCUACAGUGAGUAUAAAAUAGUCAGCUCUCUUGACCUGUAUAAGUUUUCAAGGCCCGAUGAGAGCUCACAAAGCAGAGACAGUGCACCUUCCACACCUACCAGCCCCACAGAGUUCCUCGCCCCUGGUCUGAGAAGCAUUCCUCCCCUUUUCUCAGGUAGAGAGGGCCACAAGACCUCCUCCUCAAAGCAUCACUCCCCCAAAAAGCUGAAAGUUAACUCUUUACCAGAAAUCUUAAAAGAAGUGACUUCAGUGGUGGAGCAAGCUUGGAAGCUUCCAGAAUCAGAACGAAAAAAGAUUAUCAGACGGUUAUAUUUGAAGUGGCACCCUGACAAGAACCCAGAGAACCAUGACAUUGCUAAUGAAGUGUUUAAACAUUUGCAGAAUGAAAUCAGCAGAUUAGAAAAACAGGCUUUUCUAGAUCAAAAUGCAGACAGAGCCUCCAGACGACCAUUUUCAACCUCAGCAUCUCGAUUUCAGUCAGACAAGUAUUCUUUCCAAAGGUUUUAUACUUCCUGGAACCAAGAAGCAACGAGCCACAAAUCUGAAAGGCAACAGCAGAAUAAAGAAAAAUGCCCUCCUUCAGCCGGACAGACGUACUCACAGAGGUUCUUUGUGCCUCCCACGUUCAAGUCAGUUGGGAAUCCAGUCGAAGCACGGAGGUGGUUAAGACAGGCCAGAGCAAACUUCUCAGCGGCCAGGAAUGACCUCCAUAAAAACGCCAACGAGUGGGUGUGCUUUAAGUGUUACCUCUCCACCAAACUAGCCUUGAUCGCAGCUGACUACGCCGUGAGGGGGAAGUCUGACAAGGACGUAAAACCGGCUGCACUGGCACAGAAGAUAGAGGAGUACAGCCAGCAGCUCGAAGGGCUGACGAAUGACGUCCACACGCUGGAAGCCUACGGCGUGGACAGCUUGAAAACCAGAUACCCCGACCUGCUUCCUUUUCCGCAGAUCCCCAAUGACAGGUUCACCUCGGAGGUUGCGAUGAGAGUGAUGGAGUGUACGGCCUGCAUCAUAAUAAAGCUUGAAAAUUUCAUACAACAAAAGGUGUGAAAGCAAAGGCCGAGACGGAGCCGGGUCUCGGAGGUGUUGUAGCACAAAUGUGAACUGUUGUACUUCAUUAGGCUUCAUCGCCAGCUACCUAGGAGUUGUGAAGCACACUGUCAGUUUUUCUGAACGCCUUCUGGAGUUGUUACCAAUGUGAAUACCAACAGAAAACCUUAACUGAAGCCGAAGGAGAAUCACCUUAAAGCUGGUCGUGAUGAGCAGAAGUGGUAGGUGUAAUGGAAGGAUGUGAUGGCACAUUACUGAACUGCACUUUACAUACCAAAGCUUAGCAGUUUGUUAGGUGAGCAUCAAAACAUGUCUCUAGGUAGAAUGAAAUUAAUUUUAUGUUUAAAGGUAUUUUUGAAGGAGUUAAUGAAACACUGGACAUAUCAUUGGUUUGAACUGUAAGGGGAAUUCAGUCAUUGGGAUUCUAUUAUUUGUUUAAAGCAAAUCCUCUUGGAUGCAUUGUCUUAUCAGCUGGGUCUGAUCAUGAAUUUGCUGCAGUUUUGCAUCUUACUUGGUACAUUAAGAAUGGUACAGAAUUUUAAUCCUGUUACUUGAUGAGGAGUCUAAAGGUAGCACUUGGAGUGCACUGAGUGUGCAGCACAUCUUCAGUGUUUUAUCUCUUAUGUUUACAAGCUUUCUGUGUCAUAAGAUAACAUGUGGAAGGCAGCAUAAUGGCAGAUCUCAUUACCAGACGUUAAUAUUGUUUCUAAAAAUCUGCUUUCCAAAAGACAUUUAUCAACAGUUAGGUCAUUUGCUUUAUGUUUGCGUGUACGUGUUUUCCACAGUUGUCCUAAUUUAUAUAGUAUGGUUGAACAGGAUACAAUCUUUUGUGUCUAAAGGUGCUGUAGUUAAAAAAAAACUUCAAUAAUGGCACUUAGUGGAGCUUUUGGGACUUUACUUUAAAAACAUUAAAACUUGUUAAUCAAGUUAUCAGGGUAAUUUCCAAUAGUUUAUGAAAAUGGGACUAUUAGCUUGUGUUUUCCUCAUGAAAGAUUCAGAAGUCACAUUUAAUUUUCAUCAUAUUCAAAUGUCCUGCCAUACUUACUUAGUUUCCUUUGCAGAAUGUCAAAAUAAAGGAGUAAUAAUUAGUUUAUAUAAGUGGCUGUAAAUGAUGCUAAAUAUAAUAUUUUAUGCAAUUAAGGGCUUACAGACCAUGUUAAACUUUUUUACUUCUAAUGGUAAUAAGGAAUGUGGCUUCAGACUUGUUUUGCUUUUGGAUGUGAAAUCAUGUAAUUAUUUCUGCUGUUAUAUUAAGUGCCAUAAUUUUAAUAAAGCAAAAUGUACAUAUGAAUUGGUUAUAA